AUGCACCCGGUCGAGCAGGUCCCAGGCCUAAAGGAGAGCAUCCGUCUCUUGAAGUCGGACUCCUUGCCGGAGCUUCCGGUGCCAUGGCCAAGGCAGCAGGAUUUGCCAGAGAAGCUGUACGAUGUGCCCGGCAAAGACGACUUUGUCUUGUCGCUCUCACAUACCUGGCAUUUCCAGGCUCACCCAGAUCCACUCGGGGAUAAGCUUCAAGCUUUGCAAGAAGCGAUCGAGAAUGCAAACCAGAAGCAUCAGCCCAAAGGGAAGACGCUGGUCUUUGUGGACUUCCUUGGCUGUCCCCAAAGGCCCUUUGCCAAGGGCCAGAUGCCGCGCACCAAGGCUCAGGAGGAGGAGUUUGCUAAGGCGUUGAAGUUGUUUCCAGAUCAGUACCUGGCAUCAGAUGCUACAAUUCAUCUGGAGUGCGAUUUCGACCGUAUCGGCCGAGAAGGAGCAGACCCAGCGCUCGUGACUGUGCCGGCUUCCGACUUGCGGACUGCGCAGCUCCGAGAGGUUGACAACUCUGUGCAACUCGUGGCUCAGAGCAAUGAAGAAGCCGCAGCCCAGCCGUUUUGCUUUAUCCGAAAGGUCGGAGCAAAGACCAUCACUAGCCUGAAAGACUUGGACGAAGGGUUUACCAUGAUCAACAGACAGGGUUGUCUGUGGAUCAAUCCAUGCAGUACUCUUGCGGACAUUCCGAUGACUAUAGAGGUCUCACCUUUUGGGAUUCAAAGUCGGACACCUGCAAGUGAGAAGGGUUGGAUCUACUUGGAACGGUUCGUGUCCAUGGUGAAGAUUGCGAUGGUGCCAGAGGAGCAUGGACCCAAGAUUGUGUUUUCCAACUCGCAGCAUGUGCUUCAGCAAAUCCUUGAGGGUGGCCAGCGGAUGCGGGAAGCAGCGUCCAAAGGGCAAGAGACCUUGCUGAAGGUGCUGAAGGAUUUUGAGGAGGAGCUUCGCCAAAAGCGGUUUGCUGCCAUUUCCCUCGACAAGGCAGAGAAUGCCGGAGGUAUGGGUGGCAUGUCCGGAACAAACCUGACCGAUGCGGAUGUUGUCCAGGGAAUCAUGAAUGAGUUGGUCCAGCGCUUGGCCACGCAUUGGCAAGAGGAGGCGCAGGCACAACUGCAGAGGCAGUUGCUUUUGAGUGUGAACAGGUCUGACGCGACCUCAGUACGCGCUUUCCUUGAAGCACAGGCUGAUCCAAAUGCCAAAGACGCCCUGGGCAUGACAAGCCUACAUCAGGCAGCCAGGUGCAACUCCCCGGAGGUUGUUCGCACCUUGUUGGAGUUUGGGGCGAAUUUGAGCUUGAAAGACCGAAAGGGCAACUGCCCAGCACACGAAAUUACGCUUCUCUCCCAUUCAACGACCCUGGAGCUGAUGGACUUGCUUGCCCCCGAGGAGGAUGUGAUGUUGUUGAACAACCAAGCGGGGGUCUCUCCAUUGAACCGUUUCCGCACCUGGAGAGUCACAGAACUUAGCAAUGGCAAGUUCCCAGAGGCACAUGCCUGGGCUGACAAAAUCAAGGACAAGUAUCCAGCGCGACAAAGGCGCACUGUGUUUUCUUCUGCGGACACUGCUGCCGUCGCAUGUGCCACAGAGACAUAUACUGGGCCGCGAGGGCCGUUUAAAGUGAAGGUUUGGCAGGCAGAUUCGGAUGUCGAGGUUCAUGUCCUUUGCAUCGGCUUGUCGUUCCUCUCACCACCAUCGAUGUUUGAAGAUGCCUUCCACACAGUGGCGAAGCAUCUUUGCCCGAAGCAGAAAGCGAAGCUCUUCUUUCUGGGCUGCGAAGCCGUAGAAAGUUGGGCAGGAGUGACAUCUUUCGCUGAAGCAUGCGCAGAGCUUGGAGAGCUCAUCAAGGCCAUGCCGCUGAAGGAGAAGUUCGUUUUCGUAGACAGCAGCUUGGGCGAAGCUAGCUGCUUGCUGUGGAGCUUCAAAGAGAGGAUUCAAGCAGCGCUGCUUGUGAAUUUCAGAGGCUUUCAUGGUGAGAGCUUCCAAACCAGCAGCGCCUAUCAGAAGAUUCAGAUUCGGUUUCAGAACUUGCAGCAGUGCUUCACAUCAAAGAACAUGUCAAAGUUGGAGGCUCUUUUUGGAGACUAUGCUUGGGCCGAAGAUGAGACUUCGUUGGAAAAGUUGCAGCAAAGCUUCCGUCGGGCCUUGGAAGCGGCUCCAGAGAGUUUCUUUGAGCACGGUGCCUUUCAUUGUCGGCUGAUCGCCGAAAACGUCAUGGAGAGAACAUGGCUCUUCCAGCAGUGGGCACAGUCCAGCUGUCCCAAGCUGGUUCUCUUAACCGGGUCGUUCAGCCCUGCUUUGUGGACGCACGAGGCCGUAUCAAGACUUCAAACCCAGCUGCCGAAAGCAACCGUCCAGUACCUGGAGUGCUGCAAGUCGUCAUGGGAGCUUGAAAGCGAUGACCAGGCUGUACAGGUAGCACGUGCACUUUCAGACUUAGUUGACGCGAUGGUUUAUGAAGAAGAGCUUUAA